AUGCAAUCAGAUCCAGAAUCCGCGAUACGGACAAACGUAUGCAUUCUCAUUGGUCGAUUGGGACCUUCGCUAGGUUAUAACACGAAGAAAGAGGUGCUCGUCCCAGCCUUCGUACGAGCGUUCAAAGAUCUAUCCGUACAGGCACGAGUAGCUGGACUUAUGGCGUUCAUGAUAAUGAUUGAUUGUUUUGAUGCUGAGGGUCUAGCGACGAAGGGCAUUCCAUGCAUUUCAUUUCCGUUGAUCGACAAAGAGAAGCAUUUAAAGCCAUGGACCCUCUUUAUCAAGAAAAUGGAAUCUCAUGAAGCAUCGAUGCCCGAGACUGCUCUGAAUGCGAAUGGCCAACCAAACGUCAUUUUACCAGUACAUGCAGGUCAGAAUGCUCUAGUGAACUCUACUUCCAAUGCUGCAAGCGCAUUAGCCGGAUGGGCCAAGUCUUCUCUCACUAAGAAGCUUACCUCUAGAGAUCUUCAAAGUACGAUGACAAUGUCAACACCAGACCGCCCAGGCUCCAUAUCACCUUCCCCAACUCUCAAUGGGUUGACUUCCAUGUCUACUGGUGCAGGUCCUUUGAGUGUCAAAACGCCUUCUUCGUCAAAGUUCUCGUCUCCAGGAGCACCUUCCUCCUCAAUAAUAAAGGGGCACAGUAUGCAGUUAGACGAUUGGACUGCAUUUGAGAGUGGACUAGCAAAGAACGCUUCUGCUGCUGCAUCAACACUUGGGUUUGAUGAGACACCUGUGUUCUCUACUCCCACACUUUCAGUUGAUGAAGAUGCAUGGGGAGGUGACCUUCAUACACUACAACCAACACGAUCUCAUCCAUCAGCACUCACAACCUCUACAAAUUCUCUACAAAAAUCAAAAUCGCCACCUAUACAAGCAAAGUCACCUUCUACUCUCCCAGAAAAGUCUUUGUCACCAAAUAUGACUGUAUCUCCACCUUGGGCUGUAUCUCCUGCUGCUAGCUCCAUACCUGGAACACCCAUUGCUGCCCCAAUGAUGAAGGAGGAGAAGGCUGUUGAGAUGGCAAGACAGAAGGAGAAACAAAAGCAGUGUAUUGCAAUGCUCAAAGAGUAG